AUGGCGCAUAUUCAAGAUCUAGCUGCUUUGAUCAAGCCGGCCUAUGUCGGAGGGCUGAAGCUUGAUGAUCGGAUCAAGUUUCCCGAAACUGGUGUUUUUCAAGGUAUGAAUGGGCCCUCACGUUUCGAAGGCGACAUUUUCCAGCUCGAGAUUGACGGCACUAUUCCUCCCGAAAUCAGCGGAACCUUUUACCGUAUUCAGCCUGACCACAGAUUUCCGCCUCAAUACGAAGACGACAUCCACUUCAACGGCGACGGCAACAUCACAGCCAUUCGUAUCGAAGGAGGUAACGCUGAUUUCAAGCAGCGAUAUGCAAAGACAGAUAGAUAUCUAGCCGAAACUGCGGCGAAGAAAAGUCUCUUCGGCCGCUACCGCAAUCCCUAUACCGAUAACGAAGCAGUCAAGGGAGUCAUUAGAACAGCGGCCAAUACAAACAUCAUCUUCUGGAGAGGCAUGCUGUUGGCGACGAAAGAGGAUGGACCGCCUUAUGCCAUGGAUCCUGUGACCCUGGAAACUAUCGGACGAUACGAUUUCGAUGGCCAAGUUCAAUCACCAACAUUCACUGCGCACCCGAAAAUCGAUCCUGAGACAGGUGAAUUGGUUUGUUUUGGAUAUGAAGCUGGUGGUAAUGGCAACGACGGAUCUUUCGAUAUCGUCGUUUAUACCAUCAGCGCGGAUGGUAAAAAGACUGAAGAGGCCUGGUAUAAGGCACCCUUCUGCGGCAUGAUACACGAUUGUGGAAUUUCCAAGAACUAUGUCGUUUUACCGAUGACUCCAUUAAAGUGCAGCACAGACCGCCUGGAGGCCGGUGGCAAUCACUGGGCGUGGGACCCAAAUGAAGACCAGUGGUAUGCAAUUGUACCAAGGAGAGGAGGAAAGCCGGAAGAUAUUGUGUGGCUGAGAUCCGAUAAUGCAUUUCAUGGCCACGUCGCAGGUUGCUAUGAGAAUGAAGAUGGAAAGGUGGUCUUUGACCUGACUGUCGCCGAUGGGAACGUCUUCUUCUUCUUCCCUCCAGAGAAUGCGCCUCAUACAGACUUGGCCAAGAGAAACGUACUCCAGAGCCCGACAUGUCGGUGGAUCUUUGACCCGCAAGCCCCUACGGGCUCAAGAGUACAACCAGAAGUACAGUGGGAUACAAGUGGAGAGUUUUCCCGGAUAGACGAUCGUUAUGUUUGCAAGAAGUACAACCAUUUCUGGCAGGCUAGAAUUGAUCCUACUAGGAAAUACGACGCAGCAGUUUGCGGAUCGCCAGCUGGCGGGCUGUUCAAUUGCAUUGGCCAUUACACGUGGAACGAUCGAACAGAAGACGUAUACUGGGCUGGGCCACGAGCAACCUUUCAAGAACCAACCUUCAUUCCAAAGGAGGGCGGCACGGAAGGAGAAGGUUGGAUUAUUGCUCUUUUCAACCAUCUUGAUAAGCUUCGAAAUGAUAUUGUCAUCUUGGACGCUCUCAACGUGGCAGCUGGGCCAGUUGCAGCGAUUCGUCUCCCAUUCAAGCUACGCCUCGGCCUGCACGGUAACUUUGUUGAUCAGCGCGAUAUCGAUGUAUGGAAAAGGCGAAGAGCGGCUGGAGGUGACGUGGGGCCAGUGAGGGCAGCUGAGAAGCCGCUAAAGUGGCAGCUCGAAGAGCUUCAACAAUAG